UUUUGAUUUCUUUUAUUUGGAUAUCACUUCAAGUUAGUUGCCCACUCCAACAAAUUCCCUCAAAAAAGCUUUUGCCCACAGAGUCAAAGAAGAGCGCCCACUCUUCCUUUCCUUCCCCUCAUUUUCCCUCCUCCAUUUUGAGUUUUUGAAAUUUUGAAAAGCCUUUGUAUGGAAACUCAAAGUGAACUACAACAACUAUUAGGUGAAGCUCCGACAAAAAAACUCUUGUCCUUAAAGCUAUUAUGGGAAUUAGAAGGUCUUUCGGAACAGGAAACAGAACAAAAACUAAGAGAACUUCGACAAAGCUUACAACAUGCCUUUGACCAGUCACUUGCUCACAUGAAGCAAGGAAUAGAGUCCAAAAUAACUCAACUCAUUCAAACUUGCGAAAAAAUACAAUCUAUUAGCAACGAAAUGCAGUUAUCAACUCCUAUAUUUAGUGGGAACUUCGACCUCUCUGCUAUACAGUCGAAAGGAAACCAAGUAUUGGAACUCUUAACUCAGCAAGACAUGGGACAAGCACAAUCAGAGUGGAAGAAGAAGAUACAAACUACUUUACCACUUCCCACAGUCAGAGAAACAUUGAAUAUGGUUUUGGAAAAGGCAUCAGAAUGGUCUGCCAAAAGAGAAGAAAAGCUACAAAGAAUAGAAAAUAAGAGACAAGCUAUCGUAAACUUAUGGGUAGAUAUAUUGGGAGAAGUAUUGGAUGACUUGAGUGAGCCUUUUCGAGAAUCGACAGAUGAUGCAUCCAGUGCCAGAGAGGAAGCUAUGGAUAAACAAUACAAAGACCUAUGUGAAAUAAUCGACCAAAGACAUCAUGUAAUGUCAGAAAGUCUACAAAGAAUAGGUGCACACUUGGAAUCCUUGCAAAUAUUUAAUGAGGAAGAGAUGGAAGAUGAGGUUGACCGAGUCGCUUUCAAGUGGAGAUACAAAGAGGAAAACUCAUCAGAAAUAUAUAAACAACUGGGAAUAACUAGAGACAGAAUGGACAUACUUGCUGCACGUGAAGAAGUUUUGUUACAAGAAGUACAAGAACGCUUUCAAAGAUUGCAGAACUUUAGAACUCAGCUAUUAGCUUAUUAUGAAAAGCUAAAAUUUUCUAUGGAAGAAUAUGAAGAAUUUGCUUCUCAAAAUGCUAAUCUUUCCUUGUCCUGCUUAAAUGCCUGGGAACGUGAAGUUCGUCGUUUGGAAGAACUUGAAAAGGAGAGACUACAACAACUGUUGGACGAGAGUAAACAAAGGUUGCACUCUUUGUGGAAUGAACUUCAAAUUCCUGUUUCAGAACGGUUACAUUGGCAAGAGACACUUGAUAACGAACACUUAUCUACAGAAAAGUUGAUAGCUAGGCAUGACGAGGAAAUCAGUAGAUUAGAGUCUUUUGCCGAAAAAGUUCGUCCCAUUUAUCAGUUGUUUGAAAGGAGACAGGAAAUACUACAAAAGCGAGAAGCUUUCAUGAAAGAGUCUCAAGACCCCUCCAGACUAUUUGGUCGCUCACAAGAUGGUAGUCGAAGAGAUGCUGCUUUUCUCCUUAGAGAAGAGAAAUUACGAAAAGAGAUUGAGAAACUUCCCAAAAUACAAGAAAAUCUUAAGAAGAAAAUCAAAGAGUUUGAAGCAACUGUGCAACAGAAGUUUCUUAUCAAUGGGGAGCCUCUUUUAGAACUUUUGUUGGAAGAAGAGAAGAGAGAACAAGAGGAGAAAAUGGAACAGCGAAGAAAGAAAGAAGCAGAACGUAGAGCACGAUUGGAAGUAGAAUCCAAGUAUGGAACUAAUGCAACACCAGAAUUGGUUCGAAGAGUGCAAAGUUCUGGUAGGAAGAAUUCCUCUAGAGCAGUUUCUCGACAGCAACCAGAAGCACCCAAAGUAGAAGACAAAAAUCGUAACUAUUUAACCUAUCCAUCUACUCCUUCCAGUUCUAAGAGCAAUAGUACUCGAAGCACAAGCUUAUCAGAUAAGCAUCUUCAUUAUCCAUCAUCUGGUGGCACUUCUCAUGAGAAGGUACAUUAUGAAAGACAUACUGAGUCUUAUACUCCCCAGAAGGAUGAAAAUCAUACGAAGAAGAUGCAAUCAACUUCUCGUUGCCAUUCUCCUUUAUCUAUUACUAGCAAGACUUCAGUAUCUCGACAGCACACUUUUUUGGCUGGUAAUCAAGAAGAUAGUGGAGAAAGUAUUAGUCAUGGUGAAGGUGAGAAAGUUGGUGAGCAAGUUUUCAUGACUCAACAUAUAACGGAACCGUAUUCUUCUCAAUCACAAUCAAUAUUUCGACUACCCGGAGUACCUGUUAGCAGUAAAAUAUCGGGAUAUUCCAAAAACAGUUUCAAAAGCAGUUCAUCAAGUAGUCAUAGUGAGUUGACUGCAGCACAGCAGACUUACGUUCGGUCGGAUAAGGAAGUUUAUGGUGAGAGACAAAUGAGAGAGAGAACAAGAGAAGAUUGGGAAGAAUUGAAUGAUGAAAAUAGACGUCCAUUUAACUAUCAGCCUAGUUCUUUGAAUACUUUUCAUGAAGUACCUUCGUUUGUCCGUGAAGUAGUGAGUGUAGAAGAUGCAGAAGAAAGCAAGUUUACUUGUACAGAGUCUCCCAUCAAUACAACGAGCACCACAACAGAAGGUAUUCAACAAUAGAAUCUAUUUUGUUUUUUAACCAUAAAUAAAUGAUUGUUUUGUGUG